AUGUAUUGCAGGCUCAAUUUCAAUCGUGAUGUCAACGAGUGUGGGAAAGGCAGCUCGCCGCAGCACGCUUUAGGGGAAUGGGCGAAAUCGAAGAUGGAGCCCCAAGUCAUCAACGACAACGCUGGCACAAGCACGAGCGAGAGUGGUCGAAACUGGCAGCGGGCACUGUUGCUGCUCAGCGAGGGGGGAAUGCGAGGUUGGAGCCGACAUCAUCGCUGUAAUGCCAGGAUCAGCGCGUGCGAGAAAGGGCAAGUAGUUGCAGCCGGCGCCGGCGCUGCUGCGCAAGAUGUGGGAGGUGAAGUUGGAGCCCAACGCCUCAGUCACAACGUUGGGAUCACCGCGUGCGAGAAGGGCGAGCAGUGGCAGCGGGCGCUGGCGCUGCUGAGCGAGAUGUGGGAGGCGAAGCUGGAACCCAACGCAGACAGCUACAGCCCUGCGACGGUCGCUCUGCUGCGGAGAGACGAUGCGACAGGCGCGUCAGUUGCAACUUUUUGGAACAGCGCGUGA